CACACGCACACACACAGUUGACUCCCCUGAUCUUGCUCUGUCAUCUCAACCCUGUAUCUACUACAUCAUCUGUACAAUUGUGUUUUCCAGUAAGAGGGCCACUACAGACUAUGCUGGAUUAACAUAAAGAAGUAUUAGAAGGGUUACAUCAUAGUAAAAGUACAGGAAGUAGCAAGAAGCACCAGGAAGUACACAUGGCCUCUUGCCCCAUAUAGUAAAAAGUAGCGCAUUAUAUGGGGAAUAUGCCUAAAGUGAAAAGUGGUGUACUGUAUGGGGAAUAAGGUUCAAGCAGAAAGUAGUAUUUUGAGAGUGUCAUUUGAGACUGUAUUUCGGUCUACCUAUUUCGGGCUGCCUAAAGUACUACUGAAUUACUACACAAAACCUAUUCGUGCAGUAGUGACUAUGUAGAGACUCGUAGGGAUUGUGUUGUGAAUGUGUAGUUUAUGCACUACUCAACUAGAGUUUUGUAGUAUUCAGGUAGAGGUUUUUGCUGUUUGAUGUUGGUUGAUGGUAGUAAAUAAAUAGUCAAAACAUUACAGCUUUACUACACAGGCGCGGCAUAAUACACACUUGUACAUGAAAUAGGACAAAUAUAAGCACCCACCUAAUUAUUUAUAGUUCAUAUUAUCUUUAUUAAACAGGCUUUCUUAAUAGUAAUCAGGUACAGUUUUUACUACUUGAUGUUAGUAGUAAAUUAGUAGUCACAACACUACAACCAGACUACACCGGCUUUUCGCGACCGCAGAAGAAGGCAAAACAGGAAGUAGUUGAUUGUUGUUAUCUACUGUUUUUGACAAUCCCGAAUGUAGUCAUCCUCAUUGUUUAUCAAAUGUUUUUCUGUGUUGUCUUACGUGACCUCUGUUAGCAGAUUAUUAAUUAACGGCUUAUAAUUGGUUGUCUCUUGUGCCUGUCUUUGGUUGUGCUUGUCUUUAUUUUCUAAAAGGGUACGUUGUGAAGAAAUGUGGCUGCAAAAAAGAGGGAGGAUCUGAAGAUAGUUAUGUCAAAGCUGAAUGAAGACAAGGCCUCAAAAGGAUUAACAAAAGUCAGGAGGCGCGGUAUGAACAUCUCCCCUCCCCUCAACAACACUCGAAGAAAGAUGUCUGUGACAACUCAAACCGUUUAUGGCUCAAACGUUAUGGUCCCAAAGAACAUCUGGAGGGCGGCCAUGCAACCAGGCCAACAGAUGGCAAGAGCGCUGUUGGGUGCUUUUGAUGUUGACAUGUUGCUGAAAAGCAACCUGAGAGAUAGACUUUUUGCUCCUCCUGAGCCAAACCAAUCAUAUUGUCUCCAUCAGACUGAGGGCUCAACCAAUAAGAGUGAUUAGCAGACUCGGAGAGACAAUCACAGCGACUCUAACAUCUUGACGACCAAUCAGUGAACUGAGGAGGGUAAAGAAGGACUAUAACUGCCUGAUUACCCAGUCACCCUGUCCCCUCUACACCCCCUUUAGCUCCCUCUAGCCCCCCAUCAACUCCCAGGCUCUGCCAGUAAGCUCCCUCUAACAGCCCCCAAAACGCUUCUUCCACCAUGACCAAUAACAGCAGCUCCUCUGGCGUCUGGGAGAACUCUGAUUGGUCAGAGUCAGCCCAGUGUCCACCCUCGGUGAGUGGAGCCACCUUCCUCAUCGUGGCCUACAGCACGGUGAUCGCAGUAGGGUUGCUAGGCAAUAUGGGCCUGGUUUUCAUCAUCGGGCGGCAGAAGGAACUGCAUAAUGUCACCAACAUUUUAAUCGCCAACCUGUCCUGCUCCGACAUCUUGAUGUGUGUGGUGUGUCUACCCGUCACCGUCAUCUACACUCUGAUGGACCGCUGGGUACUGGGGGAGGCACUCUGCAAGGUCACACCAUUUGUACAGUGUGUAUCAGUGACGGUGUCUAUUUUCUCCCUGGUGUUGAUUGCGUUGGAGCGCCAUCAGUUGAUCCUGCACCCUACUGGCUGGUCCCCAGCAGCAGGCCACUCCUACCUGGCCGUAGGUCUCACCUGGUUGGUCGCCUGCUUCAUAUCACUCCCGUUCCUGUCCUACAACAUUCUGACCGACAACCCCUUCCAGAACCUCACCCUGCCCGCCAACCCCUUCAGAGACCAUGUGAUCUGUUUGGAGAAAUGGCCGACUGAAAGACACCGUCUGGCCUACACCACCUCCCUGCUGCUGUUCCAGUACUGCCUCCCUCUGCUACUAGUGCUGCUUUGCUACCUACGUAUAUUCCUACGCCUACGUCGACGCAGGGACGUGGUGGAGCGGAGCCGGAAGGCCCGAGGAGCCCAGAGGAUCAAUGCUAUGUUGGCGGCCAUCGUUGCUGCCUUCGCCCUCUGCUGGCUGCCGCUCAAUGUGUUCAACACGAUAUUCGACUGGGACCACCAGGCGCUGCCCGCCUGCCAGCAUGAUGCUGUGUUCUCCGCCUGCCACCUCACCGCCAUGGCCUCCACCUGUGUCAACCCUGUGGUGUACGGUUUCCUGAACAGUAACUUCCAGAGGGAGUUGAAGGUCCAGCUGCAGCGCUGCCACUGUGGCUUGGGGGCGCCAGAGAGCUACGAGAAUUUCCCACUCUCCACCGUUGGCAGCGAGGGGAUCACCAAGAUGUCGAUGCUGAACCGGGCAGGGUCAAUGAGCAUCGCGCCGCCACCACGGGCUGAGCCCGGUGUUAGCAUAUGCAGCUAACAGAUAGCCGACAGAGCUAGUGACUAAUGCUAAUGGCUAAGAGCUAAUGGACAUUGUGUAGUGUGUACAGCUGUCAGACAGGAUGUAAACAACAAGGGUAAAGUUCAUAUCAAGCAAGCAGCUAACAGACAGAACGCCCCAAUGGACAGAACCAAUAGAGAGCCGCUAACGCUAAUAGAGAGAGAGAGAGAGAAAGUGGAACUAAGCAGCUGGACUGACAGUCAAAGACAAAGCUGGUUGGCCCCAGUCUCCAUAGAGAUCGGUCGAUUUCUGAAUUCAUACAAAGCAUCGCAGGCCCUGCAGAGUAUACAGAAUGCACUUCGCUAAAAGCAAACAAACAGAUCUAUACAGCUAAUCGACAGAGCAGCUCAUGGACAGAUUGCACACAUGCAGCUACGCUAGGUAGCAAACAUCUGGAGAGACUGCGGCAAAGAGACUGACAGAACCAGGGAUGCGUGGGCUCUGUUUCAAUGGUGAUGAUGUAUUUCUGAGCUAAUUCAGCUUGUCCCCAGAAAACUGUCUUCACCAGAGAUUGUCAUCAUCCUGGGGUGUUAAGCUGUCGUCAAGCCAGUCAGAAAGAUGGAUAGACUGUCAGUCAGUCAGACAGUCAAUUCUGAACUCAGGGCUACCUUGAGCUCUAAUCAAAAUCAAAUCAAAUUUGAUUGACCACAUAUACAUAUUUUGCAGCGAAAUGCUUAUAUUUGGUACUCCAUCAGUGCAGUAAUACCUAACAAUGCAAAACAAAAGACACAAAUCCCUUAAAAUAAAUAAAGAGAGAAAUGUAGAAAUAUCAGAGCAAUGUCAAAGUCCGGAAUAUAUAUAAAUUGCCGUUCAAAAGUUUUAGAACACCUACUCAUUCAAGGAUUUUUCUUUAUUUUUACUAUUUUCUACAU